CUGCAUUUCUCCACGCCAUCAUGCUCAUCAAACACGACGACCUCUCCAGCCCCGAGACCCGCGCGCUCCUGGCCCUCCACCUGGCCGACCUGCAAAGCAAAUCACCCUCCGAAGCCGGCCAUUUCCUCGGCCUCACCGCACUCCAACAGUCCUCAGUCUCCGUGUAUUCGGCCUGGGUCGGCCCGGAGCUCCUCGGAUGCGGGGCGCUCAAGGAGUUCUCGCCGACGGCGGGCGAGAUCAAGUCCAUGCGGACGGUGGCGACCCACCUCCGCAAGGGUGUGGGGCGCGCCAUCGUGCGACAUAUCAUCAACGAGGCCCAGAGGAGGGGGUAUGCGUGGUUGAGUCUGGAGACGGGGACCGACGGGUCGUACGCGGCGGCGCGGGAGUUUUACGCCGGGCAGGGGUUCGAGUGUCGGGAGACGUUUGGGGCGUAUGUGCCCCGCGAGGGGACCUGUUUGAUGAUUUUAGACCUGGCGGGAUCGGAGUGUUGACAUACAGUUUCAG